CGAUGAUCCACGUGAGGAUUUUGUUAUUGUUUGAGGUUAGGCAUGGUUUAAUCUGGAAGCCCAUGCUUUUAAACCGAUUUCACUUGACUCAUUGAUCCCAAUUUUGUCUAACUUGUCCUCUCAAAAUGUCUAGGAAACUUCGGAAAUUACAAGAAUACAAGUUCACUGAGGUAAAGAAAAAAGGCAAAGAACUGAAAAGCAAAUUAAUCAAUGAAAUACGGAAUGCAUUGAACGAUUAUGAACAUAUUUUUCUCUUUAAUCUAAUCAAUAUGAGGAGUAACAAAGUCAAAGAGCUGAGAAAUCACUGGAAGAAAAACAGCAGGUUUUUCUUUGGCAAAAGCAGGGUAAUGGCUGUUGCACUGGGUCGCACAGCAGAGGCAGAAUCACUAGAAAAUAUCCAUAAAAUAGGAAAACGCAUCAAGCCACACUGCGGCCUAAUGUUUACGAAUGAGUCCAAGGAAAAAGUUAUUGAUUGGUUUAAACGUUACAACAUGUCAGAGUAUCCAAAAGCUGGAUUUAUCCCUUCUUCUACUCUAACUUUACCCGCCGGAGAUAUCCCAACCCUAGGAGCCUCUCAAGAACCUUAUUUACGAGUCAAAUUAGGCCUACCAACACUCCUAAAGAAUGGUGUAAUUCAUCUACUAAGUGAUUAUACCCUUUGCAAGAAAGACAAGCCAGUCAGUCCGGAACAAGCAAAAUUGUUGAAACUGUUGGGUCACAAAAUUGCAACUUUCAAGAUUAAUUUAAAGUAUGUCUGGUCGAGAGAUGGCACUGUAGAGUGUUUGUACGAUAAAGAAAAUGCAAGUAAACUUAUUCGAUCUCAAAUCUCUGACAGCAAUGAGCAAGAGAGUGAUGACGAAGAGGCAAUGGAACUUGUUAUAACAAGUGAUGUAGAUGAAGAAGAUGAUAAUGAGGAAGAUGAUGACAGUGAUAAUGAUGAGGAAGAUGAAAAUGAUGAUGACUGAGUUAUGUGUUGCUGUGCCGAAUUAUGUUGUCUGUACAUAUUAUUUCCUCCAGCGUAUUACCAUGAAUGUGUGGUAUAUACGUUUUCUAAAGAUUCUUAGACAAAUUUUAG